AUGGCAUCUACUCAGCAAGGUGACAAUCUUCUUCGCAGGAACAUCAAUAGAAAUACAGGCUGCUCGCGGUGUGGAGAUCUAGAAACCCUUGUCCACUUGCUAUUCCUCUGUCCAUUUGCAGUCAGUGUUUGGAACUGUACGCCUUGGAUGUCAAACUUCGAUUCCUCGCAGAGUGUCUCUUUCAGAGAUGAGCUUCAAUCCUCCUCACGCCGAAUCAAUCUACCACCAGUAGGUAUCACUUCUAACAUAUUUCCCUGGAUUUGCUGGGGUCUCUGGCUGAGUAGAAACCAACUGGUCUUCGAAUCCAAAAACCUGACACAACAGCAAGUAAUCAACAGAGCGAUAGUGUCAUGUAAGGAGUGGGAAAGUGCUCAAUUGACCUUACCUAAGCCAAUAAUCACGAAACCACCACCCCGCAUGCCUCCAGCUCUGACAUCUGAUACGGUCAUGUGUCACACGGAUGCAGCUUGGAAUAAAGAUCACGAAGUCGCGGGACUCGCCUGGAUUUGCUCCUCCUCUGAUUCAAUCGAGAUGUCCCGAGGCUCCUCCAUUCAACGCGCGGUCUCUUCUCCUAUCGUGGCGGAGGCGCUGGCGAUAAGAGAAGCACUCCUACAUGCAUCAGCUCUCUCCUACAAACGAAUCUGGCUCUGA